AUGUCAGAAAUAGUACCUCAUGUUUAUUUAUCCUCAAUUGUUUAUGCCAAAGACUUAUAUUGGCUUAAAAAGAAGAAGAUUUCAAAUAUACUUAUUAUUGGAUAAUUGUAAAAAUACUUUCCAUUAAAAUUUUAAUAUAAAUGCAUCCUUAUUGAAGAUAAACCAGAAAAUGAUAUAUCAUAAUAUUUUGAGGAAUGCAUAUAAUAUAUAGAUUAAGUUAUUGCAUAAAACAAAAAUAUUUUAGUUCAUUGUUAUGGUGGUUAAAGCAGAUCUGUUAGCAUUAUUAUAGCUUAUAUUAUGAGAAAAUUAUCAAUUGAUUCAGAAAAAGCAUUAAAUUUUGUAAAAGAAAGACAUCCAAGAGCAGAACCUAAUUAUGGGUUCUUAAAUCAACUCAAAACUUUUAAAUGA